AUGAAGGUCAGCAGUUGUGCAUUACUUGGAGCUGCUUUUGGCACUGUCCAAGGCGCGCCAAUUAUUAAGAAACGUGCAAUUAAUGACGCUACAAUUCUUAACUAUGCAUUGACGCUUGAGCAUCUCGAAGCGACUUUCUAUCAGCAGGGCCUACAAAACUAUUCUCACGAGGCCUUUUUGAAUGCUGGGUUUCCGGACCCCUUCUACGCAAACUUACAAGAGGUUGCUUCGGACGAGCAGAAUCAUGUGAAGUUCCUAACAAGCGCGCUAAGUGCUGCGGGUUCCCCAGCUGUUGCACAGUGCAGCUACUCAUUCCCAGCGACCGAUCCAAAGAGUUUCAUUUCACUUGCCAAUGUCUUAGAGGGGGUUGGAGUUAGUGCCUACCUUGGGGCGGCUGCUUCCAUUGCCAAUAAGACAUACCUCACCGCGGCAGGGAGUAUCCUCACUUCAGAGGCCCGCCACAAUGCCUACCUUCGCGCAGCACUAGGCCAGAUCCCUUUUGCGCAGCCUUUCGAUAAUCCUCUUGAUUUCAAUGAGGUUUACACCGUUGCCUCGCCUUUCAUUACUUCGUGCCCUUCGAGCAACCCGCAGCUUCCAGUGAAGGCCUUCCCAUCUCUGACAAUGGUACCCAGUGGGAAUGUCAUGAACGGAUCCACAGCGACUUUGGUAGCUGGUACCGGCUUCAACACCACAAGUAGUUCAAACUUGUCAGCUGCAUUUAUCACGGUCAUCGGGCCUGUCUACGCGCCUCUCAAGUCCGUGGGUAACGGUCAUUUCGUCGUGACUAUUCCUGGAGGUGUCGCGGGUCAGAGUUACAUUGUCUUGACGACUAGUAUGAGCGGCGUGAGUGACGACAAUAUCGUGGCUGGUCCAGCCAUCGUUGAAGUUAUGUGA